AAGCACACUAUCUGAGGAAAGUUUUAAUGGGUUCAGCUGUAGUUCCAGAACCAAAGCUUCCUAUUCUCAACUUCUCAGAGCAGACUCAGAAGCCUGGCACAAAUUCAUGGGUUUUGGCAUGCAAAGAUGUUCGUAGAGCGCUAGAAGAGUAUGGCUGCUUUAUAGUAUUGUAUGACAAAAUUACUUGUCAACUAAACAAUGCUAUAUUUGGUGCCUUGGAAGACUUAUUUGAUCUUCCAACUCAAACCAAAAUGAAAAAUGUUUAUCAUGACAAGCCCUUGAAAGGGUAUGUUGGUCAGAUUCCAAAACUUCCUCUCCAUGAAAGCAUGGGCAUUGACAAUGCUACCACUUUAGAGGGAACAAAAACUUUCACAAAUAUUAUGUGGCCCACUGGAAACGAUCAUUUCAGUAAAUGUGCAUAUUCCUUUGCAAAAAUAGCAGAGGAACUUGAUCAAAUGGUAACCCGAAUGAUAUUUGAAAGCUAUGGACUGCAUGACAAGUACUAUGAGUCUUUUGCUGCCUCCAUCACUUACCUUCUUCGACCGUUGAAGAAUAAAGCACCCAAAGUAGAUGAACCUACUCUUGGCUUUGUCACUCAUACUGACAAGAGCUUCACAACUAUACUAUAUCAAAACCAAAUUGAUGGUCUGGAGGUGGAAUUGAAGAAUGGAGAUUGGCUUAAAGUUGAGCUGCCACCUUUAUCCUUUGUAUUCAUGGCCGGUGAUGCACUAAUGGCGUGGAGCAAUGACAGAAUAGUGUCUCCUAGCCACCGAGUUGUGGUAAGUGGGAAACAAGACAGAUACUCACUUGCACAGUUCUCAUUCGGCAAUGGCAUGGUACAAGUCCCUCAAGAACUUGUUGAUGACGAACAUCCAUUGAAGUAUAAGUCAUUCGAUCAUCUUGGCCUACUUCUUUUCUUUGGUACCGAUGAGGGUUAUAAAUCCAAGUGCCCUAUCAAAGCAUAUUGUGGUGUUUGAAACGUUUUUUGUAUGAAAUAUGUGCUAUGAAAUAUGUGGGACAUAUAUAUAAUAACUUAAUGCGCUUCAUGUAUGAUUAAUAACUAUUAUGGAUAAUUCUGUUGGGUGAUUCUGAUGU